CCGAGGCCCAACAACCAAGUUGCCUAGUCUAGGUAGGAACACAGAAGGAGACUGAUGUUCACACCGCCGCACACGACGCCGACGACGACGACGACGACGACGAUCUUCUUCCAGAGCCAGAGGAUCAGAGUGCAUGUAGGAGCCAGGAGCCACUAUAUUCGAAGCCCAACCCAGGAAAUAACUAGAACCAGGCUCAACAGAAGGAAGACAAACAUAGACUUGUGAGACUUGGAGGAACAGCACAGCUUGAUAGCAAUGAACCCAGUUCCAUUUCAUUUGGCUCCUGCUGCACCACCUCCUCCUCCGUGGUUACCCAUGUUACCACCAAACCCUACCCAGUCCAGUGCUUUCUGGGAGACCAAAAAUGUGCAUGAUCGGCUCAGGGACUUACAAGAGACUGUAAUUCUCGCAAAAGCAAUGCAGGAGGAGCUAGAAGUGUUGAUGACGUUGAAAGAUGCUAAAGGAUUUGCAGAACAUGGGGAAAGGGGGUCCAUUGAUCCUGUUGCUUCUGGCUUAUCCAAGUAUUUAGAAGAUAGGAAAAUUGAUUUGGAAGAGCAAGAACCACUUUCUAUGGAUGCUGCAAACUCGUUGAUGUCAAAAUUGAGAGCUCAGCUGGAGCCAUUUCGACCUCUGAUAGAUCAAGCAAGCCCUUGGGAGGAGAAAUCUGCAGCAAUUAGAUUGUCUGAUAAAAUGCUAAAGUGCAAACGAAAUAAACUUUGGAGAAAGAGAAAGAGAAAACGUGUUGCAGAAAUGCGUGCAAAGGAGCAUGAACAACUCAUCCAAGCUGAUCAAGAAGCUAAUGAGUGGAUGGCUAGGGAGAUUGCCAAGGAUGUUGCACAACUGAAGGUGGAAAAGAUGAAGCAGAUUGCAAAGCUUAAAGUAAAAGAGGAGAAAAAGAGACUAGAAUCAGAGCUUGAGCUGGUUUUGAUCGUGGAGAAGUUGCAGGAAUUGCGUUCUAUCAGGAUCCAAAAAUUGAAAAAACAAGGGCAUUUUCUUCCGGAGGAGGAUGACAAGUUUCUUGAGAGAGUUCGGGCUGCAGUUGAGGAAGAGGAGCGGCAAGCAAUGGUUGCUGCUGACACUGAUGCUGCCAAGGAUGCCAUUGCAACUGCUGAGGGAUCCCGUAAAACAACCCAGACUCACGGGCCUAAGGAUUCAAGUGCUGAUAAUGUUGGAACUAAGGAAAGUACAGGCCAAGUAACUGAUGGCAAAGACAGUGCAGGCUCUGGUGCGGUCACUGAUCCAUCUGAAGAAAGAGGAACUGAAGGUCAAAGUUAUAGCGGAGCAUAUGAUUCUGUGGCAAAUUUACCAUUGGAAUUCUACCACUAUUAUUAUGGCAGCAAUAAUGAUAUGGGCACACUUAUUGAGGUUAGAAGAACCUGGGAUGCAUAUAUAAGACCGGGGGGAAGCCGCAUUCCAGGGCAUUGGGUUCAGCCACCUCCUCCAGCAGAUGACAUAUGGGCGUCAUACCUUGUUAGGCUGAAUGACUCCGGACUAUUUUAAAAAAGGGGAGGUUUGGCUCCCACGACUAGCAUAUUGCAGAGUUUUGAAAGCAUUUUGGCUGAAUCAUUUCUUGGUUGCUGCGGAUUUGGCUUAUUGCAGAUUUGGCUUCCUUCGCAUACUGAAAUAAUGCUAGCAGAAGGGAAAAACAGAGCAUGCAGGGUUGAAGAAAGUAGUCCAAAGUUACUGUGUGCUCUUGAACUGAGCACGACCAGGCUUAAUAUAAUGCCUGUUGCUGAUUUGACAUUGUGGUUUGGAAAUCAAAACUGCUUUUUAGGAAAAAAGCACAUGGCUGUUGAAAAAAAAAAGGUUGAAAAUGUUAUUUUGUUAUUUAAUUUUAUUAUAAAUAAAUUAUACUUAUUAAAUUUAA